ACGGGCCUGGCCUGCCGGACUCUCCGAAGUCCAGAGAACCGGGCUGGAGGCAGGGGAGGGCUGUUCCUCCGGAGCCAGCCGGGCAGCAUGUUGCGGGUGUUCGUUCUCCACGCGCAGAACGUCCAGACUCCAGACACAGACGUCAGUGAUGCUUAUUGCUCCGUCGUCUUUGAAGGGGUGAAGAAGAGAACCAAAGUGAUAAAGAAUAAUGUCAACCCGGUGUGGAACGAGGGCUUUGAGUGGGACCUGAAAGGCAUCCCCUUGGACCAGAAUGCGGAGCUGCACGUGGUGGUCAAAGACCAUGAGACCAUGGGAAGAAACAGGUUUCUGGGUGAAGCCCGCGUGCCCCUUCGAGACGUCCUGGCUUCUCCGCACCUGGCUGCCAGCUUCAAUGCCCCUCUGCUGGAUGCCAAGCGGCAGAACACCGGGGCCUCUCUCAUCCUGCAAGUCUCCUACACGCCUCCUCCCGGGGCUGCUCCUUUCUUCCCCCCUCCUGCCCCCCUUGAGCCAAACCCAACGCCCGUGGAGGUGGACACGGUCACAGACACGGCCGGGGAGGAAGAGGGGGAGGACCAGCUGGGGACCGGGGAUGAGGCGGAGCCUUCUUCGGGGCCUGCAGCGCCCGAUCAGCCCUCCCUCCCCAAGAAGCCUCCGCCGCACCCGGUUCAUGGGACCAAGAGGAGGAGAAGCACCUCCAAAAAGCUGCUCUCCAACAAACCUCAGGACUUCCAGGUCAGGGUGCGAAUCAUCGAAGGGCGGCAGCUCCCUGGAGUCAAUAUCAGGCCUGUGGUGAAGGUCACGGCCGCCGGACAAACCAAGAGGACCAGGAUCCGGAAAGGGAAUGGCCCGCUCUUUGAUGAGACCUUCUUCUUCAAUGUCUUUGAGUCUCCCAUGGAGUUGUUUGAUGAACCCAUUUUCAUCACGGUCUUUGAUUCCCGUUCUCUUCGGACCGACUCCGUUAUUGGAGAAUUCCGGAUGGACGUUGGGACAAUUUACGCCGAACCCAUUGCUCCCAAGGCCCCUCUCCGCUCUCAGGAGCCCUUCUCACCUCCUUUGCAGUUGGAGAAAAAGGAAGCCGCCGAAGACAAGGAAGACGUCGAGGGCAACAUUCUCCGGCCGACCGGGGUGUGCCUCCGAGGAGCCCACUUCUCCCUCCGAAUUUACAGAGCCGAAGACUUGCCCCAGAUGGACGAUGCCAUCCUGGACGGUGUCAGACAGAUCUUUGGCUUUGACAGCAACAAGAAGAAUUUGGUGGAUCCUUUUGUGGAAGUUACCUUUGCUGGCAAGACGUUCUGCAGCAAGGUCCUGGAGAAGACGGCCAACCCUCAGUGGAACCAAAGCAUCACCCUACCAGCCAUGUUUCCUUCCAUGUGUGAGAAGAUGAGGAUCCGGGUCAUUGACUGGGACCGCGUGACCCACAAUGACGUCGUUGGCACCAGUCACCUGUGCAUGUCUCAGAUCUCGGCCCCAGGAGGGGAGCUGGAAGAUGAGUCCCCCGCCCUUGUGAAGCUUCCCAAAGCAAGCAACAUUGACGACAGUUUGGGUUUCCUGCCGACUUUCGGUCCGUGUUUCAUAAACCUGUACGGCAGCCCGAGAGAGUUCACGGGAUUUCCAGACCCCUACGAGGAGCUGAACACGGGCAAGGGAGAGGGUGUUGCCUAUCGGGGGCGGCUGCUGGUAGAACUGGAGACCAAGCUGGUGGAUCACGUGGAGCAGAAGGUGGAAGACAUCUCUGCCGAUGACAUUCUGCUGGCGGAGAAGUACCUGCGUAGAAGGAAGUUCUGCCUCUUUGCCGCCUUCUACUCGGCCACCAUGCUGCAGGACGUCGACGCCGCCAUCCAGUUCGAGGUCAGCAUCGGCAACUAUGGGAACAAGUUUGACAGCACCUGCCUGCCCUUGGCCUCCACCACCCAGUUCAGCGGGGCUGUGUUUGACGGCUGCCAGUAUUACUACCUGCCGUGGGGCAACGUGAAGCCCGUGGUGGUGCUCUCCUCCUAUUGGGAAGACAUCAGCCACAGAACUGACGUCCAGAACCUUCUCUUUGGGGCCGCAGAUCGACUGGAAGCGAAUCUGGAGCUGGUCCACCGUGCCCUGAAGGCCAAGUGCUCGGCCACAGACUUGGACACCCUGGUCGCCCGCUUGAUUGAUGAGAUCAUCGUGGACUGCAGCCAGCCACUGGUGGAUGUCACCCGGAAGCCCGCCAGCACCCACUUGGACCGCUGCCUCUACCGCUUCCGCACCACCAACCUCGACCAGAUCGCCCAGGCAGCCUUGAGACUAAAGCACGAAGACGCCGACUUGCAGAUGGUCCUGGAUCAGGCCGAAGACUGGCUCGCCAGGCUCAAAUCCAUGGCGGAGGAGCCUCAGAACAGCCUGCCAGACAUCGUCAUCUGGAUGCUGCAAGGGGACCGGCGGGUGGCUUACAGCCGGGUUCCUGCUCGCGAGGUGCUUUACUCUCGGACUGGACCCAACUGCUGCGGGAAGAACUGCGGGACGCUCCAGACCAUAUUCUUGAAAACUCCUCAGGAGGAGGUGAUGGGCCCCAAGGUCCCGGUCCAGGUCCGUGUCCGGCUGUGGCUCGGGCUAGCUGUGGACGAGAAAGAAUUCAACAAGUCAGCGGAGGGGAGGCUCUCUGUGUUUGCAGAAACGUAUGAAAACCAAACCAAGCUGGCGUUGGUCGGAAACUGGGGCACCACUGGCCUCACCUACCCCAAGUAUUCCGACGUCACCGGCAAGAUCAAGUUGCCAAAGGACAGCUUCAGGCCUUCCGCAGGCUGGGCUUGGGCCGGGGACUGGUUUGUCAGCCCCGAAAAGACGCUGCUGUAUGAUGUGGAUGCCGGGCACAUGAGCUUCGUGGAGGAAGCGUUUGAGAAUCAAGUGCGCCUUCCCGGGGGUCAGUGGAUUCACAUGGCUGAGGCCUAUACAGACGUGAAUGGGGAGAAGGUUCUGCCCAAAGAUGAAAUCGAAUGUCCUCCAGGGUGGAAAUGGGACGACCCGGAAUGGGACACAGACCUCAACAGAGCUGUCGAUGAGAAAGGCUGGGAAUACGGCAUUACCAUCCCUCCAGACCACAAGCCGAAGGCCUGGGUGCCGGCAGAGAAGAUGUACCACACGAACCGACGCAGGCGCUGGGUGAGGCUACGCAGGAGAGAUCCCACGCAGGUGGAGGCUUUGAAAAAGCACAGACAGGAGGAGCUGGAAGGGGAAGGGUGGGAGUAUGCCUCCCUCUUUGGCUGGAAGUUCCACCUGAAAUACCGGAAGACCGAUUCUUUUCGCCGCCGCCGCUGGAGGCGUCGGAUGGAGCCUCUGGAGCAGACAGGAGCAGCCGCGGUCUUUGCACUGGAAGGUGCCCUGGGUGGAGUGACAGACGAUAAGAGUGACGAUGGGAAAUCAGUAUCAACGCUCAACUUUGGCGUGAAUCGGCCGACCAUUUCCUGCAUAUUUGACUACGGGAACCGGUACCACCUGCGCUGCUACAUCUAUCAAGCAAGGGAUCUGGCUGCCAUGGACAAAGACAGCUUCUCAGAUCCCUACGCCACUGUCUCCUUCCUUCACCAAAGCCAAAAGACAGUGGUGGAAAAGAACACCCUGAACCCCACCUGGGACCAGACGCUCAUCUUCUACGAGAUCGAGAUCUUUGGGGAUCCCGAGAGUGUUGCCAGCUCUCCUCCCUGUGUCGUGGUGGAGAUCUAUGACCACGACACCUACGGCGCCGACGAGUUCAUGGGCCGCUGCAUCUGCAAACCCAGCCUGGAGCACACGCCGACGAGGCUGUCCUGGCAUCCCGUCCUCAGGGGCAACCGGAAUGCAGGGGAGCUGCUGGCAGCCUUUGAGCUCAUUCAGAGGGAGAAGCCGGCCAUCCACCACAUCCCUGGCUUUGAGGCCGAGAUGCCAGCUGUUUUGGAUGAGCUGUGCAUGGCCACCUUCUAUCGCGAAGGCCUUCUCCAAUGGUCUGCAGAUCUGGAUCUGCCCUACCCCCCGCCGCAGCGAGAACCCAACAUCUACAUGGUCCCUCAAGGAAUCAAACCAGUUCUUCAACGUACAGCCAUUGAGAUCUUGGCCUGGGGGCUCCGGAACGUGAAGAGCUACCAGCUCUCCAGCGUCACUUCCCCCAGUCUCCUGGUGGAGUGUGGGGGACAGAUGGUCCAGUCGUGCGUCAUCAGGAACCUGAAGAAGAACCCCAACUUUGACGUCUCCGUCCUCUUCAUGGAAGUGCGCUUGCCCAGGGAAGACCUGUACUGCCCACCCAUCUCCAUCAAAAUCAUUGACAACAGGCCGUUUGGCCGCAAGCCCGUGGUGGGGCAGUGCACCAUCCGCUCCCUGGAGGAGUUCUACUGCGACCCCUACGCGGAGGAGGCGGAAUUUGCUGCGACCCAUCUAGAUGAUGUGAGCCUCACCCCUCGAGACGAUGUUCUUAUUGAGAUCGAUGACAAAGAACCUCUCCUUCCUGCCCAGCCUGCAGACAGCUUUUCCGGCUCACCUUUCAUUAACACGCAAACGUCUUGGGCCAGUCUCCAUGAAGAAGAGCUGAUUGACUGGUGGAGCAAGUUCUAUGCUUCCACAGGCGAGAGGGAGAAAUGUGGCUCCUACCUGGAGAAGGGCUUUGACACUGUGAAGGUCUUCGAAACCGAGCUGGAGAACGUCGAAGACUAUGGGGGCCUCUCAGAUUUCUGCCGCACCUUUAAGCUGUACCGUGGAAAGACACAGGAUGCCAACGAAGACCCGACGGUGGUGGGGCAAUUCAAGGGCUCCUUCAAGAUCUACCCUCUGCCGGAUGACCCCGCAGUGCCUGUCCCCCCUCGCCAGUUCCAUCAGCUCCCAGCCAGAGGGCCCCAGGAGUGCCUCGUCAGGGUUUAUAUCAUCCGGGCCUUUGAUCUCCAGCCGAAAGACCUAAAUGGGAAGUGUGACCCUUACGUGAAGAUUUCCGCUGGGAAGAAAUCCAUCAAUGACCAGGACCAUUACAUCCCUUGCACUCUGGAGCCUGUCUUUGGGAAGAUGUUUGAGCUGACCUGCACUUUGCCCCUGGAGAAGGAUCUGAAGGUCUCCCUCUAUGACUACGACCUCCUGUCCAAGGAUCAGAAGAUCGGGGAGACCACCAUCGACCUAGAGAAUCGGUUCCUCUCCAGAUUUGGGGCCCGCUGUGGUCUGCCCCAAACCUACUGCAUCUCUGGUCCCAACCAGUGGAGAGAUCAACUACGACCCACCCAGCUGCUCCACCUCUUCUCCCUGCAUCACCACUGUAAAGCUCCCAUCUAUAAGUCAGACCGGAUCACCUUCAGGGAUCAAGCCUACAGCCUCUCUGAAUUGGAGGAUGGAAAACCGCUGAAUCCGCACCUGGGGCCCGUGGAGGAGAGGCUUGCUUUGUAUGCCCUGCAGAAGCAAGGCCUGGUGCCGGAGCACGUCGAGACGAGGCGGCUGUACAGCCCCCUGCAGCCGGACAUCGAGCAGGGAAAGCUCCAGAUGUGGGUGGAUCUUUUCCCCAAAUCCCUCGGGGCGCCUGGCCCACCGUUCAACGUGACCCCGCGGAAAGCAAAGAGGUUCUACUUGCGCUGCAUCAUCUGGAAUGCCAAAGACGUCCUCUUAGACGACCUCAGCAUCACGGGCGAGAAGAUGAGCGACAUCUAUGUGAAAGGGUGGCUGGCUGGCUACGAGGAGAACAAGCAGAAGACAGACGUCCACUACAGGUCGAUGGGGGGCGAAGGGAACUUCAACUGGAGGUUUGUGUUCCCCUUUGACUAUCUCCCGGCCGAGCAGGUCUGCUACGUGGCUAAGAAGGAGCAUUUCUGGAGUUUGGACAAGACGGAGAACAAAGUGGCGCCCCGACUGGUCCUCCAGGUGUGGGACAACGACAAGUUUUCCUUUGAUGACUACCUGGGCUCCAUCCAGCUGGAUCUCAACGGCAUGCUGAAGCCCGCCAAGACUGCCGAGAAAUGCUCCCUGGACAUGCUGGACGACCCGGCGAGACUCGUCUCUCUCUUUGAGCAGAAGACGGUGAAGGGCUGGUGGCCGUGCGUGGCAGAGGAGGGGGAGGAGAAGGUCAUUGCGGGGAAACUGGAGAUGACCCUGGAGAUAGUCAACGAGCAGGAACAGGACGAGAGGCCGGCCGGGCUGGGUCGGGACGAGCCCAACAUGAACCCGAAGCUGGAAGACCCCAAGCGCCCGGAGACCUCUUUCCUGUGGUUCACCUCUCCGUACAAGACUCUGAAGUACAUCUUGUGGAGGAGGUUCAAGUGGGUCUUCCUGAUCAUCCUCAUCCUCUUCAUCGUCUUGCUCUUCCUGGGGAUCUUCAUCUACGCCUUCCCGAACUACGCUGCUAUGAAGCUCGUGAAGCCUUUCAGCUGAGCCAGCACUGACCCGAGACGACAGCAGCGCGAGAAGCGCCAGGCCUGCCCGUUAUGCCGGCUGCACAGUGCCUUCCCCGUCCUCCCGUAGCAACACCCGUGCCACGUGAAAAGAGAAGGCCCUGCCCUCGUCUGCCCUCUGUCCCCAAGGAACUGCUGCUCAGGUGACCUGGCUGAAUCCGUGCACCAGACCCCGGCUUCCCUUCCCACCGUCCUUUCUCCAUGCUCAGACUUGGCUGUUGGCUUGUCCUCAGAGGCAGAUGGUUGGCUCUGUCCCCCUCUCAUGAGUGUAAAGGGGUGUUGCCUGGAAGAAAACUGGAGUCGCCCCCCCAAAGUGGCCACAUCCACACAGCAUUCCUUCUGCAGACUUCAGGGGGGGGGGGAUUCUGGUCUUCUGCAAAGAAGCCCUUGACAGCCGCCAAGCCCUGCCUUGUGAAGAAGGGGGUGUGUGGAUCCAGCCGUCAGGACUCUUUCUCUCUCUCCCCCAAGUGGAAUCGCAUCGCAUCACUCCAAUCAUGUUGUUUGGUGGGGGAUGCGGAAUGGAGGUGGGGGAGAGAGCGUCUUCUGAGAUGGAAUUUGCUAGGACGUGUGUGUGUGAGAUAGGAAAAGAAAGCGUGCCCCCCUCUUCUGUUUUGCUUGUGUGCAAAUCUGUGUAAGUACAUCAAUGCUGUUAAGUCGAACCCGACUUAUGGCAACCCCAGCAAGGAGCUUUCAAGGCGAGGGCAAAGCAGA